AAGCACGAAAGGGGAGAUUCUGAGCUCUGAAGAGAAUUUAGAGCGAACACCACAGCCUGAAGCUUUUCAUUUUCCAAUUACUAAUUUCAAGUCUUUCCAGCCGAAAACUCUCUUCCACGGUAUCUUAAGGCAGCUAGAUGGAAACGGCAAGUGAUUUUCGGCAUUGGGAUGAAUUAAUACCUGAGGCAUUGAGUCUGAUAUUCAACAGCCUUUCUUUUAAGGAGAAGCUAACAGUGAUUCCAAUGGUUUGCAAACCAUGGAGCAAGGCAGUUAUGGGGUCUGACUGCUGGCAAGAGAUAGACAUUGAGGAAUGGAGUAAUGAAUGCCAGCCGCAACACCUUGAUCGCAUGAUUCAAAUGCUGGUGGCAAGAAGUUGUGGAUCAAUGAGAAAGCUGUGUGUUUCCGAACUCCAAAACGACAUGAUUUUCACCUUCAUUGCUGAACAUGCUAAUACCCUUCAGACCUUGAGACUGCGAAGAAGUCAAAUGAGUGAUUCAGUGGUAGAACAGACAAUUGGACGGUUUUCUAAUAUCACCUUCUUGGAUCUUAGCUACUGUGGUAAAAUUGGUAGUCGUGCUCUAAAGGCCAUCGGAAUGAACUGUAAAUUGCUCAUGGGACUGUGCCGGAACAGAUAUCCAGGGCACACGGCAGGCACCCUUAUGAAUAAUGAGGCUCAUGCCAUUGCCACCACAAUGCCUAGACUGAAGCACCUUGAGAUGGCAUACCAUCUCAUCAACACACAAGAGGCUCUUCAAAUACUUGAGAGCUGCCCUGAGCUCGAAUUUUUGGAUUUGAGAGGAUGUUGGGAUGUUCAGCUUGAUGAUAAGUUCUUAGGGGAGAAGUUCCCAAAGUUGAAGGUUCUAGGGCCUCCUGCGGACUACUACUAUGAUGAGGACUUGGAAUGUUGCAUGAAUAACUCAGAUGCUUCUUCUGACGGUUCCCCCUUCGAAUAUGAGGAUCUAUCUGAGGAAUAUCUGUCCGAUGAGUAUUUGUCUGACAGAUAACUAAUCUGAUCAAAUUCUGUUUGAGUAGUAAGUCCUUAGUAGAACUUGAUGAUCGGCCCCUUAUUCACUGGCCAACGCUCUAUAUUUAGCCUUUCUUUAACAUUUACAUCACCCUUUUUUCUAUUUAGUCCAUAUGAAUCUUUGCACUUUUUUUUUUUUUUUUUGAUUGCUAAGUGAAUCUUUGCACUUGAUAUUUAAUAUCAGGUAUUCUUCUGUGUUAUAAGAAGUUCUAU